GCUUACGCUUCAUGAAGUAGUAACAAACGACUAACUUUAAUUUAUGUUUACAUUCGGAAAUUUAUGUCCUAACUGAAGACAAAGGUUAACUUUUUAAAAUCGUCACAAAGAGUUAAUAUUUAAUGGAACAUUUAGCAAGAGUUUUAAGAUUCUACGGACCUUAUUUGCUUAGUUUAGUUGGUAUGGAAAGGGGACAAAGAGACGGACAGCAUAGCGGAGGAGAAGGUGCACACGGUACAAAUGACACAGAGAUUUUAAAGAGCCAGCUACAAAAAGCACAGCGCCAACUCAAAAAAGCAGAGGAAAGAAUUAAAGCAUUUCAGGAUGAGGUAACUGGCUUGAAGAAGGAUCUAUGUGCCCGCCCUCUUGUAGAUCCUGACAGGAAAGCGAAAACACAACAAAAAAUAUGUUCGCUUCAAAAAUCCCUGAAUGAAAAAGAUGAAGUGAUAAAAAAGCAUUCCGAGUAA